AUGUUGCACCAAUGGCUCAUCAUCACAUUCUCGUGGUUCGGCUCCGUGAGCCUCCAAUACAUUAACGCCGGAGGUCCUGGCGCUGAUGUCGGCUUUGACACCAUGGACGCUCCACAAUAUCCCAUUCCUUACGCGAACUUACCACAAACGCGCAACGACUUCGAAACCCUCCAAAACGACCCUCUCAAUGAGCAAUUCUACCAACGCGACGAUGUUCUAACAGAACUCCAAAGAAAACGACGUACUUCAGACAAUAGAGAUGAUAUAAAACGAUGGAAUCCACAUUUGGAUACAGAUAAAACUUUAUAUAUACAAAGUACUGAUACGAAAAAUCCUUACAUAAUCGGUAUUAGCAGAACAGUCGAGAAAAACGCAACAGCGAAUGAUAUAAUGGAUACUAUAGAAAAGAAAUAUUUUAGUCCAUGGGGAGGCAAAAGAGAUAUAGAAAACAUGUGGACCUGGAAACGCGCCAACAACAUCCGCGAACCGAGCAUGCCCAAACGAGUGCGUUUCAGCCCUUGGGGCGGAAAACGCAGUGGCCAGAUGGUGUACAAGCCUGGCCCCAAAACCUCGAGGAUCCUAUUCGCGACAUCAAUUCCGGAAUUAACGAGAAUCGUAUCGAAGUUCGCUCCAAACACAAAUCGAUUAAACUUUGCGAGUUUCCAAUUCGUACCAUCUGUAGACAAACGACAUCCAAUCAAAAUUUUAGCUCUUAGUACUAAAACGAGCGACAGGACAUUACGGGAUGCAUUACCAUUCAAAACGUUCCUCGAAUCGUUACCAAAGCUCUUUAAGCCCGGACACCCUUACGCAGACGUGGAUUUGAAGAAAGAUGGCAAGAGGAAGGUGAAAUUCAGCGCGUGGGGAGGGAAGCGUUCGCCGCCAAUAAUCGGACCUAUAUGGACACCGGCCUCUGAUGAUUUAAAAGACGCGACAUUGGACACUAUCCUUUUAUUAAGAAACAGUCAAGAUAAUAAUAAUAUUCUUGGAGAUGAACACAAUAAAAUAAAUCAGGCUUCGUAA